UAUUUAAUAACUGUUAUUAUUAUAUGCAAGAGUUCCUCCAAAGAUAUAUUAUCAUAGAUCACUAUUAUACCAGAAAGAGUCAUAGUCUUACAAGAUCUGCAGUUAAGCUCAAACAUGGCAAAUGGACUAUACUCUUUUGUAAUUUUAUUAAUGGUGUCGCUUACUAAAGAAAGUGUUGUUUACAUUUCUCCUGAAAUUUCAUUUCCAUUGCCUUAUGUCACUAGCCAAAUGCACAUGGUACCAUUCAGUACUAAUAAACGCCAAAUAGAACCUAUGGUGGCUAAAGCACAUGUACUAAAUUCUGAUUCAGUUAAAGGCGAAGUAACAUUUUAUCAACCACAUAUCAAGUCUCCAGUCUUUAUCGUUGGAAAAAUAAAGGGAUUAGCAACUGGCAAAUAUGGUGUGAUUAUAACAAAAUUUGGUAGCAUGACAGACACUUGUGCAAAAACUGGUCCUAUUUUUGACAUACACUACAUAAGUCCAGAUUAUAGUUUGUCUAUGAUGAAUAGACCACUGGGUGAACUAGGUUAUGUUCAUUCUAACAACGACAAUAUUGCUGAUUUUGUAUUUAGUCUUGAUCGAAUAUCUUUAAUACCAGGACAUCCAACUAAUAUUCUGGGAAGAGGAUUAGCCAUAACAAUGGACUAUAGUAUUACGCCAAUGGUCAAAGUUAAAGCUUGCGGUUCGAUCUUUGCAGAAGAACCGUCAAAAUCAGCACUAUUUAAUUAUUAAAAAUAAAAUAACAUUAAUUUUUAAUUGUACAAUUAUAAUACUUAGUUAACAUAAAAUGUAUUUAAAAAUAAUUUGUAUCAAUAUAUAAAAAUCAACCAAUGUAUUAAGCGACCUUGACUGAUCUAGAAUUGAAGGUGAACUCAUACGAUUUUUUGUUCCAAAGAAUGAAGGUUUCAAUAAUAACAGCGAAGUUCAAAUAAAAAUAAAAAAAAUUAACUUAAUAUUUAUUUACAAGUAUACAUUUAUUUCUAUACCUAGCAUAAUUUUUUAUCAUAGAAUAAUACAGUUAUCAUUACAAUUUUACUAUAACUCAAUUCAAAAUUACAUUUUGGUGCGAGCAGGGCAGCUACAAAUUUUUGCCUUGCGUUAUUGACCAUCUUAAUACACUAUUGGCUUUGGAAACACAUACUUAAAAUAUAAAAUCUUCGAACAUUAAUAGUAUCAUUGAAAAUACUAAUGUUUAUUAUCAGUGAUAUAAAAAAUACUAAAGGUAAAAAAAAUUUGUUUCUAUAAAAUAGUCUUCAGAAUUAUGUAGAGAACUGGUCAAUAAUCCAUCAAGGAGAUAAAAUAUAUAUAUAUUGCGCAAGAA